UAACUGCUCUCGUCUUCCAAAACUGUCUUGUAGACGGCACCAGAAGGGCAGAAAAGCCGCCCUACUCCUACAUCGCGCUGAUUGCCAUGGCGAUCCAGGCAUCUCCCACCAAACGUUGCACUCUCAGUGAGAUUUACCAGUUUCUGCACUCCAAAUUCACCUUUUUCCGCGGCGCCUACACCGGCUGGAAGAACUCCGUGCGACAUAAUCUCUCCCUGAACGAGGUCUUCAUAAAACUUCCCAAAGGUGAGUCCCGCUCCCCCCCUCGCCCCCCGCCCCAGCACUUGCUGCUAACCCAGCUUAUUUGUUCUGGCUUGAGAGUUAAAGGUUUAGUUAGUCAGCGUGACGUUGUCAUGCCAUCUGAUUCAGCCUGGCGUGAGCAGCCGUUCGCGAAGUGCGAACUCGUGUUACUGUCCGGAAGCGUAGAUACCGCGUGGGCGAAACUCGAUUUGCGCGCUGCCAGGCCGAUUAAAGCGGCGUUGGCGUUGGCAGUGGCGGCGAAGGGAGUUUGUUUAUGUGGACUCACCACGAGUUCAGUAAUCCUCUUGCUGACCGGAAGUUGGAGCCUAUCAGCACUUGUGAAAACAGUGAAAACGCUCUGGUUGCUAGCGUCUCCGAAAACGGGGAUGGGGGAAGGUCCUGUGGAUGGCAAACAGAAACCUGCAGGAUCUGUAGUACCGCGCUGA